UGCUUAAAAGUAUUCAUAGGAAGAAUAUUCUCGUGACUAAGAUCCCUCUUUUAGUCUUCCUACUCAUCACUAACAAUGCAAGCCUUAUCAAGUUGAGGAUACACACCUUUGCCUUUACCCAAAUAACCAUUUUAGGCUUAACCCUACACUUGGUUCCUUUUCUAAAAUGAUCAUUAGACUUAUUAUUAAUAUAAGGCUUACUAGACUGCUUAUUAGGUAAAUGUUCAUUAAGACUUGAUUCCUUAUUUUAGGAAGCACCUGAGGGUUUAAAGCUACUCAGUUCUACUUCCAAUUUCUGAUCCUAAUUGGAGUUACCUAAAAUAUCAAAUAUAAACCUUGAAGAUAUUUCUUUUGUUUUUCCAUUUUUAGAGGAUAUCCCAUCAUUCAAAGGUGAGCUAGAUUUUUUCUUAAAUUAUUUUUAGCCAACAUCCAAGGCUUAAAUUGAUCCUCCUUUAGUCUUCCCUCAUUAUUAGUAUAGUCUAUAGCCAUAUCCUUACUCAGGUUUGAGUUAUUAUCUAACAUAUCCUCCCUACCUAUGGAACUAUUAGGCAUAUUAGCUCUAGUUGCCUAUCCACCUGACUAGAUAUAAAAUUCUCACCACAUUAAUCUUGAUGGUAUCCAUAUUUUUCACAAUUAAAACAAAUUAAAUGCAAUCCCUCAUUUCUUCACUUUAAAUUCCUGACCUACGACUUUGAAAGUAGGAAUUGGUCUCUUCCUAAGGUCUAUUUCAUUGCAAAUUCUACCAAAUUUUCUCCUAGACAGUAAGGAUGAAUAGGGGUCCACCUUUAUCAUAGAUCCCAUGUAAGACCCAAUUUGCAAGAGAAAUUUUUUGUUAUACAAUUCAAAAGGCAAGUCAGGGCUAUGCACCCAUACUGCAAUUUUUCUAAGGUUAUAAUUCUUAGUUCAAAAGAGAGGUCUCCACCUCUAAACUGAAAGAUAAUGGUCCAAAAUCAUCUAUGGACCUUUAAACAAGGCCAACUUGUAGUCUUCCAUAUUUUCAAAUAUAAUUCAAAAAAUUUAUUUAAAUCCAAGACUUUCAGGGAACUGUUCUUUCUCCAUAUACUACUUAGUUUCUGGUUCAGGUAACUAAAAUUGACAAAUUUACUUAAGAGUUUUACUACUAAAGUGAACCUCUAAGUGACACAUCACCCCUCAUAGUCUUCUAAAGAGAUCAUGAGGUUAGGACACAUGUUUUACUCAUUAUUAUGAAGAUCUUUAUUAUCUUUGGGUUCAAGUAUUAUAUUAUAAUCUUCUAAUAUCAAUUUAAUGAUUUCGUCAUUAUUCAAGACUAAAUAUGAGUCUUUUGGCCCUAAAACUUUAUCUUUAUAUGAAUAUGAUUUAGAAAAUUUAGAGAUAGAGAACACAUGAUCUGACAUAUUUUUAUUCUUGUAUUAGGAAUCACAAUAAGUGUACUAGCAAUUGUAUAGUUAGAAAGAGAAAUAUAUGCAGGAAUACAAUAGCGUAUUAGACUUGAAUAUGCUAGUCCUUUUGGAGUUUUUUAAACUCUAGUAGACGAAACAAAACUACUUUCAAGGAGAAUCUUAUUCUAUCCAGAGGAGAUAUUAAUUUAUUCACUAUCGGACCAUUCAUAUUAAUCAUAUCAAUUAUAAUAAGUUAUUUAGUAAUUCCUUUUAAUUAUAACUUUAUUUUAUCUGAUAUAAAUAUCGAUAUUUUUUUAUGGAUUGUUAUUUCAAAUAUUGCUCCCAUUGGACUUCUUAUGUCUUAUGUCAGGAUAUGGGCAUCUGAUUUAUAAAUCUAAGCUCUCCUUGUAUGCAUCCCUCUAGUGUUUCUAGAGAAGCUCUAAAAGCUAUUUUCACGUACUUUAUACUUCGAUUCAUUAAGUCCAUCUUCUCUUUAGAUCUUUUUUCCCCUUCAUUCUGCUCUAUCCUUUAAGGUUUACUGAAGUGGAAGCCAAGAUCUGACUCGCAAUCACCUUGGAGACCCCUUUAUCGCUCCAGGAUUGUUUACUUGAGAAGCUAAGGUGAAAGCCCUAAUAAUGGUAACCAUUUUUCUUGAAAAGACGAGAGCCAAUUAUUGGAGAAAACUCUGUCCAUGAUUUUUUAAAAGUGAUUUUAUUAUCAUAUACAAUAGACACUUUACUAAAUUAAUACUUUCUGCUGCAUUACAUUUUAUGCUUUGAAAUUUAUAUCGUCGUACUAGCCAUAUGACGUCAACAUGGUAAGGUAAGCAUGACGAGAUAUACUAAAUAUAUUAAAGCUUUAAAUAUGUUGUUAAUUCUUACAUUUUUGAAUUUUUUUAAUUUCUUUGAACGAUUAUUUUUUAUCAUUAAUUUUUUUAUUUCUAUAACUAUGUUUUAAAAUAUUAAUUAUAAAAUUGUAUAUUUAUGAAUAUUUAAUUUAUUUAAAUUUUCAUAUGCAUUAUCAACAUAAACAUAUCACAUUAUUAAAUAAUUAGGUUAAUAAAAUUUAAUAUUUAUGAAAAGUUAUUGAAUAGAAUAAUUCUUUUUAGAGCUACACAGGUAACUUUCCCCUACUCUCUCUCUAUGUAUUAUCAAAUAUAGUGUUAACUUUAAGAUCUUAAAUUAAAAAAAUUGAUUAAUUAAAGUUAUCGUAUAAUAAUUUACAAAAUAAACAUCGCACGUUUACAAAUGAAGUCGAAAACUCUAUAAAUAGAAGGACUUGAAGAAAUUGCUUACAUCUCUCACCCUCGUACGCCCUAUCCUAGGUUGGUCAUUUCUUUCUAUCACUGUUUCCUCAAUCAUGCAUGCUUUUAUAUUCUAUAUUUUGGUCCUAUCUUCAAUUUCAAGUGCAUCUUUAGCUGAAGCCACUAAAAAUUUGAAGGGCUUCAGCAUUGAUCUUAUUCAUCGUGACUCACCUUUGUCACCCUUUUACGACCCUUCAUUGACCACAUCACAACUCAUCAAGAAUGCUGCACUAAGGUCCAUUGCUCGAUCCAAUCGUAUUAACUCCCUUGUGAAUGAAAAUAAAUUACCCAAAACUAUUACAAUUCCAGAUCCAGACCUUCAAGAAUACCUCGUGAUAUUUUACAUUGGCACCCCUCCUGUGGAAAGGUUUGCUAUUGCAGACACAGGCAGUGAUCUAAUUUGGGUACAAUGCACCCCUUGUAAACAAUGUGUACCCCAAGACACUCCAUUGUUUGAUCCAAAAAAAUCAUCCACAUUUAAGAGUGUUUCAUGUGACUCACAACCAUGCACACUACUUCCCAAGUCCCUACGUUUUUGUGGAAAAUCAGGUGAGUGCAUAUAUGCAUAUAUAUAUGGUGACAAGACAGUCACCGUAGGUAGUUUGGGUCUUGAUUUCAUUAAUUUUGGUAUUGAGGGUGGGAACAACACUAUUACAUUUCCUAAGUUUACUUUUGGGUGUGGAUAUGGCAAUAAUGACACUGGGGUUAAGGCAUUCACCAAGAACACAGGCAUAGUGGGUCUUGGAGCAGGGCCAUUGUCUUUGGUUUCACAAUUAGGUGAUGAAAUUGGUCACAAAUUCUCCUACUGUUUGCUUCCUCUGGCUUCAAAUUCCACAAGCAAAUUGAAAUUCGGGAAUGAAGCAAUGAUAAAAGGAAAAAGUGUCGUGUCCACCCCACUUAUAAUAAAAUCUUCUAUUCCUACCCUUUACUACCUUAAUCUUGAAGGCAUCUCUGUUGGAAAAAAGAUGGUGAAGACAAGUAAAAGUCAAACCGAUGGCAACAUGGUCAUUGAUUCAGGGACCAGAUUUACAAUUCUCGAACAAAGGUCUUACAAUAAGUUUAUAACUUUGGUAAAGGAAGUCUUGGGUGUUGAGGCAGAGCAAAAUCCUCCAGAUGAAUUCGACUUUUGUUUCAAACAUAACGAUAGUAACGUUGAUUUCCCUAAUAUUGUGUUUCAUUUUACUGGAGCUAAGGUUCACUUGAAUUGGAGAAACAUAUUCACUGUGUUUGGUGACAACCUCAUUUGCAUGUGGGUAUCACCAGGCUCUGAAGAGUCUGAACCCCUCCAAAUCCUUGGAAAUGGGGCACAGGUUGGUUUUCAGGUGGAAUACGAUCUUAAAGAAGAAAAGGCACAAAAACGUCGUGUGCGAAUCGAACACUUGGAAUCUGCUGAUGUAGAAAAUGUGUCAAAAUGGAAUAACACUCGGUUGAAACAGAUUAUUGUUGACAUUGCAGUUGUACAUUCAGUGCUCAUUCUGAAGCAUUGUGUUCGUUCCUCAUUUCAAGUAGAGCUGAGAUUGGUGUAUCUGCAUUGA